AUGCAUCGUGUCGAAACAUAUCUCGAUGAGCCCGCAGACAUUCCCGUCAUUGAUUUCCGCCAGUUAAAUGGCACUCAAAAUGAGCGCUCAGUGGCCUUCAAAUACUUGGACGAUGCCUUCCAGUCUUUAGGUUUCAUAUACCUCUCCAAUCAUAGUAUUCCGCAAAAACUUAUCGACGAGGCUUUUGAAUGGUCGAGACGCUUUUUCGCGCUUCCGCAUGAUGUAAAGAAACGCAUCGCCCAUCCCCCAAGUGGUGCCGUCAAUGACUAUCUAGGAUUCCUCGAAAUUGGACAGGUAUUGGUCAGCCAGCUGGUUUGGGACACCGCGGAGCUAGAGGAGCUACGCAAGACCACACCGGAGAGGCACGAGGGUCUUGAACUGUGCAAUCCACAUGACUUACAAGUCGAUGUUGGCCGAAACCUCUGGCUCCCUGAGGACAUCUUUCCUGGAUUCCGAAGCUUCUACGACUCGUGGUGGGACGCAUGUACUCGCCUGGAUCACCAGCUAUUGGAGAACAUUUCGGAGUUAUUGAAACUUGGUAGUCCGAAAUAUCUCUCAAACCAGCACACCUGCGAUUUCUGCCACAUGAGCUUCAACUAUUUUCCCUCAAUGGAGGUUGGCCCGCUCAAAAGCCGUGAGGUUCACCGGAUGAACGCUCACACAGACUUUCAACAGCUGACGAUCGUUUUUAACGAUAGUAUCGGUGGCCUCGAAAUCCACGAUGGUGAGGCUUUCAGGCCCGUGAUCCCAAAGCAAGGGAAGAUCAUUGUCGACGUCGGCGAUAUUCUUGACCGGCAAACAAAUGGGAGAUCGAAGAGCGCUUUGCAUCAAGUCGUGGCUCCGAGAGAAUCUAUGAUAGGCAACAGAAAAGAUUCUGUUCCACUUGCUGCCGGCUCAGUUGUAGAUCGAUAUUCCUUGGCUUUUUUUGGGAUGCCUGACCCAGAGUUUAUUAUUGAAACUCUCCCUGGGUGUGAGGCGAAGGGUAAAUGGGCUCAGAAUAUGGUUGGAGAAUGGGGUCAGACGGUGACAACAGACGAGUGGCUUGCUAAAAGAGUUUCAACUGAGUUUCCAGCGGAGGCUUCUUAG